AUGCCAUCCACCCCGCAGCUGAUCUAUACGCUCAGCGGGCACACCAAGUCGGUCUCGUGCGUCUCGUUCUCUCCGUCUGGCGCUCUUGUCGCCACAGGCUCGGCGGAUCGUACGCUCAAGAUCUGGUCUGUCGCUACCGGUGCACUCAUCCACACCUUCUCCUCGCACACUGCGGGCAUCAACGACGUUUCGUGGUCCGCAGAUAGUGUCUAUGUUGCGACGUGCUCGGACGACCGUACGAUCAAGGUGUUCAACGUGCUGACACGCGAGGUGGUGCGCGAGUUUGGAGAGCAUACAUCGUACGUGCUGUGCCUCUCGUUCAACCCCGCUUCAACGCUGCUGGUUUCGGGCAGCUUUGACGAGACGGUUCGGCUGUGGAAUGUGGCGCGCAACCGAUGCCAUCGUGUCAUCUCGGCGCACUCGGAAGCGGUCUCAAGCGUGGACUUUAACAGAGACGGCACGAUGAUCGUCUCGGCCUCGUACGACGCAUCGAUUCGGCUGUGGGAUACUACUACAGGCCAGUGCUUGAAGACGCUAGUGCACAAGGACCAGGCUCCGCUAGGCGGCGUGAGGUUCAUGCCUUCGUCGGCACACCUACUGUGCUCGAGCCUGGACAGCACGACGAGACUGUGGGAUAUCUUCAACGACAAGGUGGUCAAGACCUACACGGGCAACACCAACACCAAACUCGCCAUGGCUGCCACGCUGGUGACGGGCGGCACCGCCGUCAUGUGCGCCAGCGAAGAUGGCUGCGUGGUCGUAUGGGAUCUCCAGUCGAAAGAGGUGGUGGCAAGGUGGGCGGCCGCUUCGACCAACGUGGCGCUGAUUGCAACCGAUGCCCAUCCAACAGCAAACAUUGUCGCUUCGGCUGCGAUCGAACCUGAACCUCACGUCAAAAUCUGGCUCUGGCCAACAAGGAGUUGA